AUGGCGUCUGCCUUGAAUUUAUGUUUGUGGUGGCUGUCUAGUUUUCUUGUCAUCAGUGCAGUGACGAAUGAUCUACACAGUGAUACUUUUACAGAAGAACUCUUUAUAAAGCCUUUAUCUAGUGGUCACGUUUAUAGUUACUUUCUUUUCACAACGAGAUGGGACUUUGACAGAACGAAGGAAACAGUCAAACACUUCCGGCUUUUUCCUCUGUCCCUUGGUGAUGUGAGCCAGCAGCAUGUCCAAGAACUACACCUCUCACUAACUCAGGGCCGCUGGCAACAUCUUAAGUGGGGCUACCCUUUUCAGGAGGCACCACGUGCUCAUCUUUGGGCUUGGUUUGUCCCCGAAACCCCAAGCAUUUCCAGUGCUUGGAAGAAUUUGACAAAUGCUUUGUCAGGCCAGCUGUGUGCAUCACUCAACUUUGUUGAUGACACGGUGACCGUGCGUCCGAAGCGAUCUUUCCAGCCUCAAGGAUGGGUUCGUUCUGCCAACUCAUCACUUUUGCGGUAUGCUGCUUUGCCACGUGAGUCAGUCUGCACAGAGAACUUGACUCCGUGGAAGAAACUUUUACCAUGCAGCAGCAAGGCAGGACUUGCAACGUUGCUACAUGCCCUACAACUGUUCACAGCAAACUACAUGUCCCUGGGCCUAGACCUGAAGACAGUCUGCCAGGAUGAAAAUUGUGCCCACACCAUCCUGGAGCUGCAAAUGUCAGUGUCAUUGGUGAUUGAUGCUGUCGCUGCACAAAAUGGACACCAGACAUGGUCUCUCAGCAAGUUAUUUGGAGCUGGCCUCAAGACUUCAUGCCCUUUAGCUUCCAUGAGCAAUUAUGUUGAUGUAUCUAAUAAUGGUAGUGUAGGAACGUAUCGGCUUAGCCCUGAGCCCACACAGCUGGUUGUCUCAGGAGAAGGUGCUUACCAGCGUACGUUGGCCAUUUAUGACCUCAAACGCCAUGUGGCCGAGGGACGGUUCAACCUAGCAGCCCAGUAUGAAAAGCCCCACAUAUACUGGAUUAUCCCAGAGCCGCCCCUUCACAUCACCCGCUAUAUUCAAGGUUAUGGUCUUGAGCGAGGUGGAAUAGUCAAUCAUAUCAAGAAUAAUCACCCUAAAAAAGCUGUCCAAGUUGUGCUGUUCGAUGUCAUUCCCUGGUUUCUUCCCGUAUACUUGCACACAUUGAAAAUUUCUUCAGGUUCAAGGCAGCUGAAAGCAGAGCAUGUGAACUACCAACCAGGUCGGGAUCGCAAGAGGCCACAUCAUCUGGAAAUUACCCUCACUCCUCCAGCAGCAGAGACAAUCGUGGCAUAUGAAUUUGAGCGAGCCUUCCUCAAAUGGACCGAGUACCCGCCGGAUGCCAACCAUGGCUUUUAUGUUGGGGCAGCUGUACUUAGUGCCCUUCUGCAUGAACCCGUGGCCAACUACAGUGGUGACAUCUCACUUUGCCCUAGUCUGAGGCACUGGUCAGUAGUGGCAUUUUCACAGUAUUUGUAG